GGCCUGACUCAAAUUUGUCGAUCAGUCACUGUCAGCGCGAAGAUAAACUCCGAUUUCUCCAAAAGAAGUGCGAAUAUAAUCACAUAGACUGUCUAGAAAGAAUAUUUUAUUACUACUGAUCAUAAUCACCGACGCUGGUUAGAAAUUGUGGAGGAUUAAUUGUUUUUUGCAGCAAUUGAAGAGGAGGGUGCGUCCUGACACUGCUUUCCAUGCAAAAAAUGCAUGGUGUGCUGUGCUGUGCAUUAUGUGGAUAAGUGCCAACUUUUGUUAGGCCAAUUGUGGCCUACUCAGAGCUUCUAGGAAAGAAUUUUGCCAGCUGGUGUGUUUUGCAGGCAUGGCCUCUAUUCUAAGAACGGUAAAGUCACGUUCAGAGGGAUUUAAAAUACCAUUUGGACGGUCGAAUCACAAGAAACUCGGUGAAGGUUGGGGUGAGAAUAAGGAGCCGAUCAAAGAGGGCGUGACGUUCUAUCUCAAGUACCUCGGGUCAACGCUAGUCGAGGAGCUCACUAAGGAAGGCGACAGCUAUGGAGAGGGAACAAGUUCGGGGGCCGUGAAGCGGGUCGUGUCGAUGGCCAAGUCACAGAACCGGAAACUGAAGAAGGUGGCGCUGGUGGUCAGCCCAAGUGGCAUCAAAAUGGUGGACCUGAUCACAAAGCGGUCCGAGAUGGACUUAACUAUCGAUAGGAUUCGAUUCUGCACAGCCGACAGCCUUCACGAGAAGGUGUUUGCCUUCAUUGCCAGGAACACGAUAAAUGAAACCAUGGAAUGCCAUGCGUAUCUUUGUGCCAAGAAAAAGAUGGCCCAAGCAGUCACUCUGACUGUGGCACAAGCCUUCAACCUUGCCUUUGAAAAAUACGAAGACUCCAAGUUGAAACAGUGGAAAGAUGGACAGAACAAAGAAAAGAAGAAGCAAAGCUUCUCCCUCGUGUCAUGUCGGACAGCUGAUAGUCCAUCGCAUCAUGUUUCAAUGAGUCCGUCACGUCAGACGAGUUUGCCGCAGACAAACGGCCAGCAUAACGGUCAGACUGCCGAUUUAUUAUCGAUGCCUGUUGGGUCGUCGCAUGGAGCAGAAGGUUUGAUAAAUAUCAACAGCCCGCGUGCCAGCAAUAAUCGUCCGAUCCCAGCCAUAGCGUCUCCCAGUGCCAGUAGUAGUAGUCACAGUAGUAGUCUUCAAAAUGGAAAUCGAACGGACAUGAGUUCAGCUCGUAAAAACUGGGUGAGUUUCGACGACGAGGGUGAUAGUUUUUCAAGUUCUGCGUGGGGUACUCGAGAUGACACGUACGUGUUUAGCACAGAUCUGAGAGAAAUAGACAUUGACGCAGACGUACACAUGUUCCUCGAUGGCAAGAAAAGUCGAGAGGAAUUCUCACGGCAAAAAUCUUUAGAAGAUCUGCUUAGUUUAUAGAAUGGUGAAAGAUGGAACAUUCGGGAUUUAGUCUCAGAUGGAGGAACAUUCGUGAUUCGGUAGAACAAGUACAAAUCUGCUUUAUUUAUUGCUCUGAAAUUGACGCUUGUGUCGCAGAAUCAUAGGACGUCACAAUCAAGUGUACUUUUCUGAUUUGUGGAAAAAAUUUGUUUCAUCCUCGCAUUGGUUCGAAAGGACUACCGUACCAAAGUGGUUGAUGGUGAAAAACUCAGCUGAACUAACCAGUGAACAUUGAAGCUGGAAGGAAUUCUUACAGCUGAGCUAGCUCUAAGACCUGUGAAAUUUUAAACUUUUUGGUAUCGCAUGGAGAAAAACAUUGCCAGAUUCUCUGCCAUUUAGCUUGUCACAAGUGAUAGACUUCUCUUACAAUUUUUCCAUGUCCGGAUCAUUGAAAGUGAUUUCUCAAUGUUUUUGGGAGCUCGGACCUAGAAACUGUUUUGUAUGGUGCAGGCAUUGUGAGUGUGAUCAUGAUAUGAAGACAUGCCCAGUUUAAGAUGAAUGCCUAUCAGAUUUCAAAACCACGAAGUGUUAUGUGAAGGUUCAAAAUAUAUUUAUAGAUGAGAGUGAAUUACUCUUGAGACGGGAUCUCUGUUAUGUAUUGGUACAGGAUGUAUCACAAAUAUCACAAUCACUUAUUCUUUUCUUGCCAUUAAAAUACUUCAGGGUGAAGGUGGUUAAAAAAUUCCUACAUGACGGAUGCGUCAAAAAGUAAAACCAACUUUUCAAUUUUCAGUUUACCUUUGUUUUGUCAUCUUUGUAACCCGCUUUAAGAUUGUCUGCAGAAUGUUGCCCACUGUUGUCGGCUUUGAGCUAUUCAUGUUAUUUGUUUAAAAGGGUCAUCCUAUUUUGCGUCCAGUGGCGACCAGUGGCGUCCAACGCGAAA